AUGCAAUGGUCUCUGCUGCUUCGACAAGCCAAGUCCCCGGCAAGGAACUCGCGUUUCAACGCUACUGCUCCCGCCUACCAGCCCAAUACCAUCUGCGCGCCGCUCAGGCCGAACAGUCGUUUACAAUGCACCUGCACCGUGGAGCUUCUCGCCACGACGCGGCCGAGCCUUUCGGUCGGCGCGGCGUUCGCAUUGGCUGACUUAGCUGGUAGCGCUGCGGAGGAAACUACAGAGAAGCCAUCUACAAAGACCACGGAGGUCUUGUCCGACGAGGACGAUAUGCGCUUUUUAGUUCGAAAACUUCGCGUUCCAAUGGACUGGCUGAGCACAGGCCAGGGCGUGCACGACGAGCUCGUUCAAACGUUUCUGAGCAAACAGGAAGGUCGUUAG